AGAAAAAUUUAUGUGAUGGAAGUAAGCAACAAUUACAUAACAAUGAAGGGUCAUAUAGAUGGGAAACCAAAAGAAGAUGACUUUGGGAUUAAAGCUUCAUAACUUUCUCUUUCAGUAGAACCUGGUUCUAACCAUAUCAUCGUCAAAAAUCUUUAUGUAUCAAUAGAUCCAUACCAAAUAAAUCGAAUGAAGAGUUUCAGCUCCUUGCAGGAAAGUGCAAAAUUUGCAGCUGACUUAACUCCUGCCAAGGUUAUCGAUGCUUAUGGUGUGGGUGAAGUAGUGGCUUCUGGGAAUACUGAAUUUGAAAAGGAUGACUUGGUUGUGGGACUUCUUAUUUGGGGAGAGUACAGUGUGCUAAAAGGAGAAUACGUGUUGAGGAAGUUGGAUCCUAUGGGAUUUCCACUGUCUUACCACGUUGGAAUUUUAGGGAUGAGUGGACUGACAGCCUAUUCAGGAUUUUUUGAAGUAUGUAAACCCAAGAAGGGUGAGAAGGUUUUUGUGUCGGCUGCUUCUUGGUCAGUUGGAAAUUUGGUGGGACAGUAUGCAAAACUCUCAGGUUGUCAUGUUGUUGGCUGUGCUGGAAGCAAUGAAAAGGUAGCAUUUCUCAAGGAGAAGCUUGGUUUCGACGAUGCAUUCAAUUACAAGGAAGUAACAGACUUGAAGGAAACUCUCAAAAGGUACUUCCCUGAUGGAAUAGAUAUAUAUUUUGACAAUGUUGGAGAAAUGCUAGAAGCAGCGGUUGCUAACAUGAAUAAGUUUGGUCGAGUUGCUGCUUGUGGUGUAAUCGCCGAGUACACAGAUGCUGGAAAGAGAGCUGCACCAAAUAUGCUAGAUGUUGUGUACAAGAGUAUCAAAAUCCAAGGAUUUUUGCUUGGUGAUUAUUUUCAUAUCUUUCAGGAUUUCAUCACAACUACUUCGGAUCACCUUCGUGCAGGAAAUAUGCAGGCAAUUGAGUGCAUCUCAACUGGCCUCCAGAGCAUCCCACAGGCUUUCAUUGGACUAUUUCGCGGUGAUAACAUAGGAAAGACCAUUGUUAAAAUUGCUGAUGAAUAAUUUGUGGAAAAAAUCUUAGAACAUCAUAUAACCAGACACUUAAGAGAGAGCUCGCUAAAAAAAGGUCUAGUUAGUUUGGUCAGGUUGUUGUAUGGAUAUUGUUUACAUAUUUAUCUGUUUGUAUUUGUGAGCUGGUUUCGGUUGUUAAAGAGUGUAAUUGUCUUGUAUUAACUACUGUUAGUCAUUGGGUUAGCUAUUGUGUACGUAUUUUCCUAAAACAUCAGUUUAUUGUGCAUUUUCCUAAAA